AUGGUCGGGCUCGCGAAUCUUCUGCUGCUCCUCGGCGCUGCCGGUUUUGCUGUUGCUGCUCCUACGGAAUUGAAUGCUAGGCAGUCUGGCGCUUCUACCACUAGCCCUCCUUGGUAUCCUGCCCGUGAGUCUUUUCCCUCUGUUAUUUGGGUUGGUUUCGUUUUCUCGGUCAAUUGGGGGAUCGCUUGGGUUGCUGACAUGUUGGGGAAAUAACAGCUAAGGGCGGAACUGCUGCAUCAUGGGCUGCUGCUUAUUCUAAGGCUCAGGCCCUCGUUUCGCAGAUGACUCUGCUGGAGAAGGGUUCGUGCGGCGUUUGUAUUCCGGGCGGAUUGGACUGGACUGACGGGUUUUAGUUAAUAUCACGACUGGAACUGGUUGGGCAAUGGGUCCUUGUGUAGGGAAUACCGCUCCUGUCCCGCGCCUCGGAUUCCCCUCGCUCUGUCUUCAGGAUGGCCCUCUAGGUAUUCGAUUUGCCGAUAAGAUCACUUCGUGGCCUGCUGGUAUCACUAUUGGAGGUAUCUCUUGACCCCCUAUACCAGUUUUGACUUCCGGAAGUCUAACGCUAUCUAGGGACCUGGGAUAAGGAGCUCUUCCACUCUCGCGGUGUUGGUCUCGGACAGGAGUUCCGCAGGAAGGGUGUUCAUAUCGCCCUCGGUCCCGCAAUGGGCCCUCUUGGCCGUAUGCCUGCUGGUGGAAGGAAUUGGGAAGGCUUCGGGUCCGAUCCUUAUCUUCAGGGAAUUGCCUGUGGCGAGCAUAUUAAGGGUAUUCAAAGCCAGGGAGUUGUCGCCACUGCCAAGCAUCUCAUUGGGAACGAGCAGGAGCAUUUCCGUCAGGGGCCCGGUGCCAUUUCCUCAAACAUUGAUGAUAGAACUCUUCACGAGGUUUAUCUAUGGCCUUUCCAGGAUUCCGUCAAGGCUGGUGUCGGGGCCGUCAUGUGCUCUUACAACCGUGUCAACAAUAGCGCCGCUUGCCAGAACUCGUACCUGCAGAAUGGCAUUUUGAAGGAUGAAUUGGGAUUCCAGGGUUUCGUUAUGAGGUGUGUUCUCUAGAGCUUUUCUGUUCCGGGCCAAAACUGAUUCCGGUAGCGAUUGGUUGGCGCAAAUGAGCGGUGUUGCGUCUGUCCUGGCUGGAAUGGAUAUGACAAUGCCUGGUAUAUUUAAGAGUCCCCACGGAAAUGAGCACUUUGUUGACUUGGUAUAGGUGACGGUCUGAACUGGGAUGAUCGGCUUUCCCUCAUGGGUCCAAAUUUCACUACGGCUGCUAUGAAUAGCUCCGUACCUCUGGACAGGAUUGAUGACAUGGUUACCCGGAUCGUUGCGACCUGGUACCAGUUCGGCCAGGAUAGUGGCUACCCUGAACCCAACUUCAGUUCAUGGACCAAGAACACUACCGGACUCUUGUACUAUGGAUCGAACGAGCCCCCAUAUGCCAUCGUGAACCGGCACGUUGAUGUUCGCGGUGACCAUGCGGCUCUCGCCCGCAAGAUCGCCGCCGAAGCAAUUGCCAUGUUGAAGAAUGAGGACAUCCUCCCGUUGAAGAAGCCAAUGAAGAUUGGCGUUUACGGAAGUGACGCUGGCCCUGGCAACGGACCCAACGCUUGUCCCGAUCGAGGAUGCAACCAGGGCACCCUUGCUGUCGGAUGGGGAAGUGGUACCACCGAUUUUGAAUACUUGAUUACUCCUCUUGAGGCUAUAGAGAAGCAAGCUGCCACUUAUGGCGGUCAAGUUUCUUCCAUCUUAAACAACACCAAACUUGAUGAGAUUAAGGCGGAUGCUAAGAAGCAGGAUAUCUGCCUUGCUUUUGUCAACGCUGAUGCCGGUGAAGGCUAUAUCUCGUGGCAAGAUGUCAAUGGUGACAGGCCAAAUCUCAAAACUCAGCUUGGAGGAGAUGAUUUGAUCUUGGCGGUUGCUGGUGCUUGCAAGACCACUGUCGUUGUCGUUCACUCUGUUGGCCCUAUCAUCAUGGAGGGGUGGGCUACCUCGCACAAGGUUAAUGGUAUCCUCUGGGCUCAUUUGCCUGGUCAGGAGAGCGGAAACUCGCUCGUCGAUGUUCUUUGGGGCGCCGUUAACCCCAGUGGAAAGCUGCCAUACACCAUUGGAAAGAGCUUGGAGGACUACGGUCCAACUGCAGGUAUCCUCUACGAGUCCAACGGGAAUCCCCCGCAACAGGACUUCACUGAGGGCUUGUUGAUUGAUUACCGCUACUUUGAUAAGAAGGAUAUCACCCCUCGCUAUGAGUUUGGCUUCGGUAUGUCUUACACCACCUUCGAGUUCGACGAUCUCAAUAUUGUCCGCACCGGAUCCAUGGAACCUCUUCCUAGGCCUCGCCCUCCUCCUGAGGCUGUCCCUCCAACCUAUGAUUCUAAGCUUCCCCCCCCUUCUGAAGUCGGAUUCCCUCCUGGGUUCACCAAGAUCAACCGCAUGAUCUACCCUUACCUUACCAACACCAAUAUAACUGUUGGGCCCUACCCAUACCCUGACGGCUACACCACUCCUGCCCACAAGUCUGAAGCCGGUGGUGCCGAGGGUGGCAACCCGGCACUCUGGGAGAUAGUCUACACUAUCACCCACACUCUCAAGAACACUGGAAAGGUUGCCGGAGCGGAGGUGUCUCAGCUCUACGUCAACUAUGGAUCCAAUGGCACUGUUGGUGAGUAGCAAUUUUCCAUAACGUGUUGCUGGUCUGGUGCUAACAAUACAUUCAGAAUUCCCUAAACGUGUCCUCCGUGGCUUCGAGAAGGUCUUCCUCGAGCCUGGCGAGAGCGAGACUGUUACUUUCAAGCUCACCCGACGGGACCUGAGUUACUGGGACGUCACCAAGCAAAACUGGGUCAUCCCAUCUAGCGGCUUGGGCAUUUCCAUUGGUGAGAGUUCGAGGAAAUUCCACCUUCGCGGGGACCUCAGAUAUGGCUAUUAAGCCCAUCAUCCCACUCUUCGCGAAACGGGUUAAAGACGGGAAGCAAAGGGCGUGGUAAACUUCUUGUACAUAGAUAAUUUGUUUUUGUGGUGGGGUACUGGGUUCUAAUGUAAUGUGUUGUACACAUUGGGUUUUUUUGGCUAGUAGGAGGAUUUUAAUUUGGAGUAAGGGUAAAUUUCUAUUGUA